ACUGAAUGCAGCAGGAAACAAAAGAGAAAUGUGGACUUGUGUAUUUCUAGUUUGUGUGACGGGUGUGUUUGGUGUUGAUUCAGAUGAAGUGAAGUCAGUGUCAGUGAUGGAGGGAGAUUCUGUCACUCUACACACUGAUUUUACUCACAUACAGAGACGUGAUCAGAUACUGUGGAUAUUUGGACCUGAGGAGGCUCGUAUAGCUGAAAUUCAUAAGAAAAGCAUUGAUAUGUAUGACAGUAAUGAGAAAUUUGGUGACAGACUGAAGCUCGACAGUCAGACUGGAUCUCUCACCAUCACAAACAUCAGAAUCACAGACUCUGGACUUUAUAAACUACACAUCAGCAGUGACAGAGGAAAUUCAGACAAGAGAUUCAAUGUUACUGUCUAUGCUCGUCUUCCUGUUCCUGUCAUCAUCAGAAACUCUUCUCAAUGUUCUUCAUCAUCAGAAAGAUCUUCAGUGUCAAAAUGUGUGUUGUUGUGUUCAGUGAUGAAUGUGACACAUGUGAGUCUCUCCUGGUACAAAGGAAACAGUUUAUUGUCCAGCAUCAGUUUGUCUGAUCUCAACAUCAGACUCUCUCUACCUCUGGAGGUGGAAUAUCAGGAUACAAACACAUACAGAUGUGUGGUGUCCAAUCCGGUCAGCAACAAGACUCAACAUGUCAACAUCGAUGAUUUCUGUCAGACGUGUUCAGUAUAG